AUGGAUCAUGCGGUGAGUAAUUGCAAUGGCAAAAUUUGGCUUUUUUGGAAUAUGGACGUUGAUUGUGUUGUACUAGAGGAGGAUGAACAACAAAUUACUUGUAAUAUUGGUCAUAAUGGUCAUAAUGAACUUCAGACUCACUUUACCACCACCUUUGUGUAUGCCAAGUGUAAGGACCAACUCAGAAGGCCGCUGUGGGAUAGAAUGUUGCAUCACUCUGCUGAAAAUACCAAUCCAUGGUGUUCCGUAGGUGACUACAAUGUCAUUACUUCCAUUGAAGAAAAAAUGGGAGGGGUACCCUACAACAUAAGGAAAAGCCUUGAAUUCAUUGCAGUGAUUGAAGCAUGUGGCGUCGUGGAUUUAGGUUUCAGUGGUCAGAAAUUUACUUGGUCUAAUAAAAGGGGUAUACAUCACAGAAUCUGGAAGAGACUGGACAGAGCUCUAGUUAAUGAUGGUUGGCUGGAGAAAAUGCCUCAGACUACCAUCACUCAUCUACCAUCAGUAGGAUCAGACCACUGUCCUUUAUUGCUGGAAAUGACUGCUAGGGAAGAGGAGCACAUCAGGUAUUUUAAAUUUCUCAACUGCUGGGCUGAUCAACCCAAGUUCCUUGAUAUAGUUAAAGCUUGCUGGGACAGGACUGUAGAGGGUAACAACAUGUGGAGAUUUCACCAGAAAUUGAAAAGGUUGUCCAAAACUCUUAGUUCUUGGUCCAGAGGGGAAUUUGGGGAUAUUUUCAUUAGGGUCAAGGAGUAUGAGGAAAAAGUCAGGAUUGCUGAAGAGAAUCUGAUUCAUAAUCAAACUGAAGACAACAGGACAACCCUUCAUGAGCUCAAUGCAAAUUACAGUAGAUUUUUGAAAAUGGAAGAUUCCAUUCUGAAACAAAAAACUCAACUACAAUGGUUCAAAGAGGGAGACGCUAACACCAAAUAUUUCCAUUCUCUGAUAAGAGGAAGGAGAAGAAGAUUGUUCAUUCAUAAACUUCAGAGAGAGGAUGGAGAAUGGAUACAAGGAGACGUCAACAUUGCAGAGGCUGCUUGUGCCCAUUUCCAAAAUAUUUUUACAGGAGAGGACAAGUUUAUUAAUGAGAAUGCUAUCAACUCUGGUCCUGAUGGAAUGAAUGGCUAUUUUUUCCAGAAAUGUUGGCAUACUAUCAAGCAUGAUCUCCUUGGGGUAAUUCAAGCUUUCUUCUGUGGCCAAAUGAUUCCUAAAUACUUUUCUCAUUCUUGCAUUGUUCUACUCCCUAAGGUGAACAAUCCAAACAAACUCUCUGAAUUCAGGCCCAUAAGUUUAAGCAAUUUCACUAGCAAGAUCAUCUCUAAACUGGUGAGCUCUAGACUUGGUCCUAUUUUACCUAAUUUGGUUUCACUCAAUCAGUCUGGAUUUGUCAAAGGGAGAAGUAUCUCAGAAAACAUUAUGCUGGCACAAGAAAUUAUUCAUCAGAUUAAGAAGCCUAAUAUUGGGAGCAAUGUUAUCAUUAAAUUGGAUAUGGCUAAAGCGUAUGAUAGAGUUUCUUGGUCCUAUAUAUGCUUAGUAUUAAGAAAAAUGGGAUUUGAUGAGGUCUUUAUUGAUAUAGUUUGGAGAAUAAUGGCUAACAAUUGGUAUUCUAUUAUUGUCAAUGGCAAAAGACAUGGUUUCUUCCAAUCCACUAGAGGUCUCAAGCAAGGUGAUCCUUUAUCUCCUGCCCUAUUUAUUUUAGGUGCAGAAGUCCUUUCUCGAUCCUUGAACAACCUCCAUAACAACCCGGACUAUCAUGGCUUCUUCAUGGACCUAAGAGGACCCCAAGUGAAUCAUUUGAGUUUUGCUGAUGAUAUUAUUCUGUUCACUUCUGGUAGACAGAGAACACUGAAGCUAAUUAUGCAAACACUGAGCUCUUAUGAGGAAACUUCAGGACAGCUAGUUAACACAGACAAGAGCCAUUUUAUGGUCCACUCCAAUGCUUUCAACAGCACAAGAGACAGAAUUAAAAGAAUCACUGGUUUCAAGCAAAAGGAGGGUCCUAUUACCUACCUUGGUUGCCCCUUAUUUGUUGGUAGACCUAGGAUUACUUAUUUUUCUGAUCUUAUUAAUAAAGUGUUAUGCAGAAUCACAGGUUGGCAAACAAAGCUAUUGAGCUAUGGAGGUAAAGCAAUACUAGUCAAGCAUGUGCUGCAGUCACUGCCUAUUCAUCUACUAUCAGCAGUGAACCCUCCAGUUACGGUCCUCAAGCAGAUCCAAAGUAUCAUGGCUGACUUUUUCUGGGGAAUGAAGAAUGAAAGGAAAAAAUACCAUUGGGCGUCAUGGAAGAAUUUAAGCUUUCCUUAUGAUGAGGGAGGUAUUGGUAUGAGAAACCUCAAGGAUGUUUGUAUGGCUUUUCAAUAUAAACAAUGGUGGAUUUUCAAAUCGAAACACACUCUUUGGGGGGAUUUUUUGAAAGCUAAAUAUUGUCAAAGGUCCAAUCCUAUUAGUAAGAAAUGGGAUACAGGGGAGUCUCUAACAUGGAAACACCUUAUGCACAACAAGCAUAAAGCUGAACAACACAUUCAAUGGAGAAUCAACUCGGGCAAUUGUUCUUUUUGGUGGGAUAAUUGGCUUGGCGCUGGCCCUCUUGCCCAGUUCUCGAAUGACAGUAAGAGGUUCAACAAUACUACUGUGGCAGAAUUUUGGCAUGACGGACAAUGGAAUUGGAAUUUGCUCUUGCAACAGGCCCCUAACAACCAACUAGCCAACAUCUUAUCCACAGAACUUCACAUUCAACAAGACCUCCCAGAUCAGGCGAUUUGGAAAUUGAGCACGGAUGGAAAAUUCAGCUGCUCAUCGGCAUGGAAUGAAAUCAGGGAGAAGAAGACUAAGAAUAAGUUUAACUCUUUCAUUUGGCAUAAGUGUAUUCCUUUUAAAUCUUCUUUUCUUUUGUGGAGAAUUUUAAGAGGUAAAAUUCCUACUAAUGAAAAACUUAACAGUUUUGGUAGUGAGCCAGUCGCGUGUUUUUGCUGUUGUAACAGGCCUGGUCUAGAUACCAUAGAGCACACCUUCAACAAUGGACUUUUUGCUACUCAUGUGUGGAGAAGCUUUGCUGAAACUGCUGGAAUUGCUACAGAUCACAGCUCCCUGUCUCAACUCAUCACGCAAUGGUGGUCAGCCAAAUACAAGAACGAAGCACACAGGCUGUUACUACAAGCUACACCAAUAUUUAUUUGUUGGAAUCUCUGGAAGAAUAAAUGUGCUAACAAAUAUGGAGGCAAGCAAUCCAAUGCCAGCAGAGUCAAAUACGCAAUUUAUAAGGACAACUACAAGCUCAUGACAACCAAUUUCCCUCAAAUCAAAUGGCCCUCAAACUGGAGGGAACUGAUCCAACUAGGGGAAAAAUGCAUUCAUGAUACCAAAGUAACCCCUGUCAGGUGGAUAAAACCUCCAGAACAAUGGAUAAAAAUCAACACGGAUGGCAGUGCUCUAAGUAAUCCCGGCAGAAUUGGAGCAGGAGGCAUCUUAAGAGAUCAAACUGGAGAGAUGAUCCUAGCAUUUGCCACUCCCUUGGGGGAAGGUACUAACAAUCAGGCUGAAGCAGAAGCAGCCAUCUUCGGGAUGACCUGGGCCUUCGAAUUAGGAUACAGAAAACUCAUUUUGGAGGUGGAUUCACAGCUUCUAGUGGACUGGAUAAUGCACAAAACCGACCCUCAUUGGAGUAUUAACAUACAAGUAAUGAAAUUACAGGCCCUCAUCGAACAAACACAAGAAUUUGCAUGCAAGCACGCCUUCAGAGAAGCCAACUUUGUCGCUGAUUCUCUUUCAAAACAUAGCCACAAGGUUACCACUCCGCAACUAUAUUUCAACAUUCAUCAACUACCAAAAGAAGCAAGAGGAUUUUAUCGCCUAGAUAUGAUUGAAAUGGCAAGUUUCAGAAGAAGGAAAAUCAAAAGGAUCAAAGAACCACCUUGA